AUGUCUCAACAGUCAGCUAACCUCCCAUGGAAGGUCAAGCUCUUUGGACCCGUCAUCUCCUUCGGCUUAAAAGUCAUUCGUCGCUCUGAUGGAUCUGUGAACCGCCGCUUACUCAACUUGCUCGACCGCAAAACCUCUCCAUCGCCUAACAAGCCCAUAAAAUGCGUAAUAACCACGGAUGUUGCCGUUGACGAAACCCGCAACCUUUGGUUCCGCCUUUACACACCCGUCUCCAGGACCUCAACCUCCGAUGAUGAUAUUGCCAUCCCUAUCGUUUUCUACUUCCACGGCGGCGGGUUUACUUACAUGGCAGCCAAUUCGAAGCCGUAUGAUGAUUUAUGCUACAGCCUUGCGCGCCUACUACCAGCUGUCAUCGUCUCUGUCAACUACAGGCUGGCUCCUGAGCAUAGGUAUCCGUGCCAAUACGAUGAUUGUUUUGAUGUAAUAAAAUUCAUUGAUAAGGCAGAGCUUGAAGGCCUUCCAAGCUAUGCCAAUCUCAAGCACAGUUUUGUUGCUGGAGACAGUGCAGGUGGCAAUUUAGCUCAUCAUAUGGCACUAAAGGCUAGCGAAUGUGAAUUUUCCAAUAUAAAAAUCAUUGGAGUUAUAGCCUUACAGCCAUUCUUUGGAGGAGAAGAGCGGACAGGAUCUGAAAUCAAACUUUCUAGAGAUCCAUUUGUUUCAAUGGAUCAUACAGACUGGAUGUGGAAGUCGUUUCUGCCAGAGGGUUCGAAUCGGGACCAUAAAGUGUCGAAUGUUUUUGGGCCUAACUCUGUUGACAUUUCAGAGGUUAAGUUCCCUGCAGUAAUUGUUAUGAUUGGGGGAUUGGAUCCUUUACAAGACUGGCAAAAGAGGUACUGUGAGGGACUGAAGAAAUGUGGUAAAGAAGUGCAUCUAGUUGAGUAUGAGAAGGCAUUCCAUUCAUUUUAUCUUUUUCUUGAGAUGCCUGAGUUUUCUUUGUUUAUCGAGGAAGUGAAAGAAUUUAUGCAAAAACAAAUCUCCACCUAA